AUUCGGCCCGAGUGACUCACGAUAACUUCUCAUCACCAAGACUGACAAGUCAAGAUGAGCUAUACCGGAUCUCCCUCUACUCAUAUCACGGUAGGUGUGCUUGCCCUACAAGGCGCCUUCCAUGAGCACAUCGUCCAUCUCUCCCGCGUCGAGGGCGUGACCGCGGUCCCAGUGCGGACGCCCGAGCAACUCGCUUGCUGCUCGGCCCUCGUCAUCCCCGGAGGCGAGUCUACCGCCAUCGCACUGGGCGCCAUCAGAGGUGGUCUGCUGGAACCUCUUAGGGAGUGGGUCCGCACGGGUAGGCCCACUUGGGGCACAUGCGCGGGCAUGAUCAUGUUGGCCAGAGAGGCUACCGGGGGCAAGAAAGCUCAGGAGCUUAUCGGUGGCUGGGACGGCCGAGUCGGAAGAAAUGGGUGGGGUAGCCAGAUCGAAUCUUUCGAAACUCCACUUUCAAUACCGGCCCUCUCAGGCGAAGAGCCCUUUCCCGGAGUCUUCAUUCGCGCUCCAGUCGUAGAGCGCCUCUUUCGAACAGAAGAGCUAGCUGACCUCGCUCCGCGAGAGCCAGCGAAAGCGGGACGGAGAGAGGGCGAGGAGCUGGAAGGAGUCAAGCUCGUUCAGGGUCAAGAGAGUGGUACCUCGACCCCGUCGGACAACCCAGCGGCUAUGCCUCUACCCAAUCUCGCCACAUACACGAAGGCAGAGAUUUCGAGCCUGCCCACAAAUGCGACUAGGCUAGCAGUGGCCCCUCCCUUGCCCUCUUCUUCUACGCCGCGGCCUCCGAUCGAGGUGAUAGCAAGGCUCCCUGACAGCGUCAGGCCGACGGCGACUUUACCAGGACCGGACGCUGACAUUGUUGCACUGAAGCAGGGAAACAUCUUCGUCACUGCCUUCCACCCUGAGCUGACCCGUGACAGGCGCUUGCACGAGUGGUGGGUCAGGGCAUGUGUGAGAGGAGAGGAGAUGAGCAAGAAGAGGUGACAGAGACCGCUUUAGAGAUCGGAUUAGAAUGCAUGAGCCCUCUUUUGCUGCGUUAGAUACUAUAUCCGACUGCCC